AUGUCAGAAAUUAUGAAUGCUUCAAGGAUGAUGCAGGACGACAGAAUAUCCCAACUGCCACAGCCGAUAUUGCACUGUAUACUCGAUCGGCUCUCCCCACGAGAAGCCGCUAGAACUUGCACGCUCUCCAAAUCAUGGCGCUAUAUCGAGUCCACAGGACCCUAUUUCACCAUGAUAGAGGACAACUUUAAAGGAAGCAAACAAGAGUUCAUCGACGCCAAGGAAAGACACUUGCAAUUGUACCAUCAUCACAAGAUUUGUCCGCAAAUAAUCUUUGUUGACCUGUCAAAUCCCGAUGCCGAGUCCUUUUUGUUUCUUGACAAAUGGAUUCCGGUGCUCGUUCGGGACUGGGGUGCCCAAGACUUUAGUCUGUAUUUGUUUUUUGAUCAGGAUGAGGAAAACGCGCGCUUUGACCCGCCCUCUAUAAUUUUCGAAUCUAAGUCCCUCCGACGUUUGACUCUUCACUCCUGCAACUUGAGCCGCGAUGAUAUUCUUCACAGUGAUACGUCGUCAUUAAUUCAUCUCAAAAAACUCCGCCUUUCGAACGUUUGUAUUACGGAUGAAAUUCUUGAGAAGAUAAUAUUUAGCUGCCCUUUGAUUAAGUUGGAGCUCAGUGGAUGUGUAGGGUUGAGAGCCAUCAGAAUCGAUAAACGGGCUCGCUAUCUCAAGCGGUUUGAAUGGUCUGGUUCAUACAAUGUCAAUGAGCCGCCGAGUCUUGAAAUCGAUGUCCCGUCUCUUGAGAAAAUCAAUAUUCAUGACUGUUCGAAAUGGUAUCACGACAAAAUGACCUAUUUUCCUCAUCUAAAGUCUUUAAGUCUUUCUUCUGUGAGACUAUCUACAGAGUCAGUCGGCUACUUUUCGCACAACUUCCCUUGCCUUGGAAGUCUAUCCUUGAAAAAUUGCUAUGGCUUUGAGGAAUUUGAGCUGUCUAGUCGUUCAAUCAAGAAAUUUGAGUUGUCUAGUCGUUAUACUAAUGUGCCGUUCAACAGGGUUGCUAUUGAUGUGCCAAGCAUAGUCAUGUUUAAGUUUGAAGGUCGCGUUCCUGAGUCAUUUUCUUUCACGACAACUUCUGAAAAGUGGAAAUCGGAUAUAACCCUGCGGACUGGUACUUUGUUCGAAGAGACUUCACAAGGGUUGGACAAAUUAUGUCAAAUGCUCAAGGCAGUAAGCGGAUCAGAAAUGUCUCUACAUAUUGGGGGGUUGAAUCUAUCUACGCACUCCGUGUCAUCUUUUAUGGACAAUCUAUUUUUCAUUUGUCGUCCGAGAAUUAUACAACGGUCUCUUGUUGAUGUUGGCCCAGAUUUCAGAUUUUUGUUCGACCAAUUAUGCAACCAACCAACAAAGGUGAUGUGCAAGAUCCUGGGGAUGGAGAAGGGAGGAUUUGAAAGUGGCCGAAUAACAAGGGGCCGUCAAUGGCGACAAGAUCUUGAGAAAGUAACGUAUGAAACUUCUGACGAAAACGAGGAAGAAUGGCAUUCUGUCCUAGAGAGAAGUUGGUCAAAAUUUUGGAAAGCAUUGUUUCCAAAGGAUUCUAAGAACGUGAAGCACUUCAUGCGCUUUCGAUUGACCUGGAGAGAAUAA